AAUUCCUUGCUUGUGGUCUUGGCAUGGUUGCCCGGUCAAUCCAACACACCAUCCAUCCAGCCGAAUCCCCACCUCCCCUCCCCUCCUCCGGUCUCUUCUCUUCCCCCACAGCACAACCAGGCCAAGUCGUCGUCUCCUCUUCCACCACCACCACCACGCUCUCGCCUCUUCCUCUCCCUCUCCCGCCAGGCCGCUACUCCACCCUCCCCCUCUGCAGAUCCCCGCCGGGUAUUAUUUCUCCGCCCCGCCGCCGCCGCCGCCGUCGUCGGCGCCUCGCCGUGCCAUUUCAUCCAGAUUUUGAUCCGUGAUCCAGCCACCGUCGAUCUCGGGCACGCCAGCGGCGGACCGAAUUGCCAUCCGGCGGUACUCGAUAUCCCAUCACCUGCGGAUUCGGCGGUGCGGGGCGGCUCAUCCGGCGGCGAAUUUGAUGAAUUCGCGCCGGUCGAGGUCGGUCAAGCUGGUGUCGGCGCGCGCCAAUAGGGCCCUAGAGGUGGACAUCGCGGAGGAAGGGGAGGACGCGCGGAUGAGCUCGUCCGCGGCCAACACCGUCUACUGCUGCAUCGCCAAGGGCCGGAGCGUCGUCUAUCGGUAUAGCAGCAGCAAGGGCGGCGGCGACGGCGACCCGCAGGUGGAGGCCACCGCGGCGCUCUGCCUUGACAUCUCGCCGCCGCACCACCGGCAUUACGUCCACACCGCCGGGUGCAGGAGCUACGGCUACCUGAUGGCCGACGGCCACACCUUCUUUGCCAUCAUCGAUCCCAGCGUUGGGAGCGCUGGUGCGUUGCAGUUCUUGGAGCGUGUCCGCGACGCGUUCCGGAGCAGUAGCAGCAGGAGCAACGGGUUCCAUGACUCGUUGGUGCCAGCGGUGCAGCGGCUGGUGGCGUCGCUGGAGAAGAUGCCCCACGCCACGUUCGUCCUCGAGGACGGUGCCACGGAGCGGGGAGGAGGCGACGGCAGCAACGGCUGCACAUCGUCGUCAUCCAAGGUGCCUCUGCUUGGGAAGAGUGGGAGCAGGAAGGAGAAGCGACGGUCCAGGGAUAAACUAGCAUCGGCGGCGGCGGGGGACAGCGAGGACGAGCACCACGGUACCAGGGCGGUGAGGAUAGACGUGCCGAACGAGGAGGGCGCCGGUGGCAUGUCGCUGGAGCGCAGCUUGAGCCAGUCCAGGCUGCGGAGGCAGCAGCAGCAGCCGUCGCGGUCGCUGUGGAUGCGCCAUGUGAAGGUGAUCAUCAUCGUCGAUGCCGUCGUCUGCCUUGUGCUCUUCGCGGCUUGGUUGGCCGUGUGCAAGGGAUUCCAGUGUGUUUCCGGGUGAUGAUGAUCAAUGGGAACCUUUUGCAGCAUCAGUUGUGUACAGUUUUUGAGGAUCAGAGGAUGCUCUGGGUGUUGUGAGCAUUGAAAAUUUCCUUCAGUUCGAUUCUCGGAAAGGUAAAUACAAGGCAAGAGAAAUGUAUGCAGAGAUCAUGUGGUAAAAGAUUGGCGGAAACUGGGUGGAUGGAUAAUACAACCCAGCAAGUGAUAGAAUGUUCAGUGAUCAGAUCAUGGAAAUGGAAAUGGAGGAUCCAUGUGUUGAACAUGUACAUAUGCUUCAUCGUCUCUGUACAUGAGAAUUUGUUGCUAGGAUUCUUUUUCUUUUUGUAGGUGCCAUGCGUGCUUACGUGUGUGAUACUCAGAUUCCAUUGCAAAUAAUAUGUGCGCAGAUGAUGAUAUGAUCAUACGCAUUUGCUUACAGUAUUUGAGUCAAUAGGCAUUUUUUUUUCAUCCGGCAUUUCCUUCCUGUCGAUUUAUGGUGCUGGUCUGCUGGAUUUGUUGUUUGAUAUGUACUCCCCAGCUGUGGAGGAUUACCCAGCUGCAGUCACGAUUCAAAUUGUGGAGGGUUACCUGUCUGUCUGAAGUUC